AUGGAUACAACCACAGAUUUUGGCUUUUCCUCGAUCAACCUGGCCGUUAACCUGCAAUGGGUCUUUAUGGUUGAAUGGAUCAUUGGUCUGAUUGGCUCGAUCGGAAUUCUAUUCUAUUUCAACAGACUAAUGGGUUCCAUUAUAUCCUUCAUACUUAAAUAUCUGAUCUGGAAACGAUACAAAGUACGAAUAAAGGUCCAAUCCUACAAGAUCUCUUUCCUGGGAGGUCGUCUCUUCUUCAAGAAUGUUACAAUAAUAACGCAAAACGAAAUGAUUUUGAUCCACCAAGGAUGGCUCACCUGGAGAUACUGGCUCACAACAGUGCGUCAAUCUGGAUUCAUAACAACUGACAAACCCAACAAGAACGAGUCGUUACCAUCGCGCUUUUUAAUGGAAAUUUAUGGACUCGAGCUCUUUGUUUACAACAGAAUGCACGUAUACGAGAAUCUAAUGACUAAGCUUCAAGAAGAAGACUUGAAGUCCCCGGAAAUGCAUCUUUUUAACCCGUCUAAAAGCAGCGAAGACACUACGGAAGAUAAUACUGUUCACGAGAAAGAUCCUACGACAGAGCGGCAAAAGAUCCCUUUCAUCAUCAAACUUCUACCAUUGAAAAUUCUUGUUAAGAGAGGCUCAUUUGUGGUUGGAAACGAAACCACCACUUCUUUGCUUGUGGGAUCGUACACUUCGUUUGAAGGAACUUUGGAUUUCCUUCAGCCGACUUCCAAGCUCGACUUUUACCGUGUUGAUCACGAACUACGUUUAUGGCAAUUACAACUUUUCCUCAAGCCAAAUGUCUCUUACCAAAGUCUGGGUCAACGAAGCGAUGAUUUUGAUAGAAUCAACAAGCACAAGAUUCAAAAAUUCAUCGAUAACCUCAAGCUCAAGUUUCAUAAGCAAAAAGAGACCGAUGUACCAGAAACUCGUGCAGAAUGGCAUGGAUUAGAAAGAUACCGAACCUCGAAAAGCUUUGAAGUUUCUAGUCAAGAUACUUCUGAUGACCUGUCGGACCUCCCUCAGGACGAUGCAUUGAUAUUUCCAAAAUCCGAUUACGCAAGAUACACGCACAUUUUCGACUCAGAGUACGUCGAUCUUCAUUACUUUUUUGACAUGCUUGGAACCACGCCUAAUGUGCCUUCACAAUUUCCAAACCUCGAGGGUCCUGAUAUUGGGAAUGGAGAUCUUCCACCAGCUAACAACAUCGAUAUUUCUGUUUCUGGUGGUGUGGUUCAUUUCGGACCGUGGGCUGACAAAGAAAGAGUUCUCCUUCAGCAGAUGCUGUUCCCCAGUAUCUGCAGAGAUGCAGAGCCUUUCAAGCAAUUAAAACCAGGAUCCAAAAGACAAUAUAUCGGAUUUAAAACUUACAUCACAACCGUUGAUGAGAUGGUGGUUCGAAUCCCUUUCAGAGAAGCAAGUAAAGACAUACUCUAUGUGGAUUCAAAAGAUUCGGAGAAUCAGCUGGAAAGAAGACCUUUUGGAUGGCUGGAACUAAAAGCCGAUCAAGACACCUCAUUUAAUAGUUUCACAUCGUACAUCCCAACCGCAGAAGACGGCUGGAACAACUCGUUCCACCUUGACCUUCAAAAUCCAACUGUUUCAUCAAGUGUUAACCAUAACAUAUUCUUUCGCGCUUUGAAUCAUACAAUUGAUGGAGACAUUGGGUAUCCUCUACAGUGGAAUGGUGCAACUACCUGGAAGUUUGAAAACAUCUCUACCAAUGCAGAGAUAUAUAUUUUGAGAGAACACAUAACCUUACUCACAGAUAUGUUUGCAGAUUUCAGCUCUGGAGAACCAACACCAUAUGAAUUGUUCAGACCAUUCUUAUACCGGAUCAAUUGGAGAACGAAUAACUAUAACAUCUUUUUGAAUCUCAACGAGAAGAACAUUGUCAGUCACCCAUUGGAUUUCAACGAUAACAUAUUUGUUUCAUUCUCUGGUUCGCAGUUAGAUUUGAACGUUGAUAUUCCAUUGGACUCUAUUUAUCAAAAGUCAACUGUUUUCGAAUACAAACUCAAUACGACUUUUGACUUGGUGGUCCAUCUCCCUCCAUGGCAUACCGGAUACAAUUUCUUGAGAAAGAAAGAGGUUGGGCGUGCAAAUAAUUAUGAAAUGUCUGGAUCGUUUACGUUCUUCAAUUCCCUUGAUAUCGAUGCAAUCGACACAAUUAUCGUUAAUUGCACAUGUGAAGAUACUACACUUGAAUGCUAUGGUUUCAUCAUCAGAUACGUGCUUCUUCUGAAAGCCAACUAUUUUGGGGAAGAUAUUGAAUUUCAGACAUUAGCAGAGUUUUUGGAAGAUUUCAAUGACAAGUCUGCUAUAAAGAACAAAGAAGACAUUUUCAAUCCAUUCGCAGUCAAAAUGAGGAACGAAACAGACCUAUUAUUUUCAUUCUGUGUGAAGAAUGGAUGUUUGAUUCUUCCUUCCCAUAUAUAUGAUUGCGAAUCUCAUGUGGCACUUCAAUUUGAAAAGCUGGAUAUCGACUUGCGUUUCAACAACUAUUACAUGGACUUGCAAGCCGAUUUUUCAGAGAUAUAUGCUCAUGCGGUUGACAAUGCUGACGAAGAAUCGAUAUUCGACAAAGUUGUCAACAAUGAGAAAACUGAUUACUCCUUGUUUAUCGAUCAUCUUCCUGUCCAUGGUCACAGAGUCUUUGGCUUACCUCCAGAUGAACCAACAUAUUUCUGUCGUUGGGAAUUCGAUCCUGGUCGUAUUGUUUUAGAUUCUAAACCAGACUUUUUAGACGAUUUGUUAAGAGCUCUGUCGGCUAUUGGUGUCGGUUACAAUGAACUUGAAAACUCCUUAGGUCUUCCUGAAGAAGUUCUGUUUGAUGUCCUCAACUUGUUUUUCAGUUGUCCAGAAAUACUCGUGAAAAUCAAUGGUCCAAACUACGACUUUUCCGUCACAUUGAUGGCCCUGUCUCUUACAAUUUCAGACCAAGCUGCUGAUACCUACAACAGUCGUAUCAAUUUGAAAAUUGAGGAUAUUAUGGUUCAGAGCACAAAGGAUAAGGAAACAGUCUUGGAACUAAAGACUUCGCUGUAUCUAUCGGAUUUCAUCAAAAAGCCAGAUUUUGCAACUCGAAAGGCAGCUCAGAAGGAACAUUUGAAGACGAAUGAUGCACCAUUCCACAGGUGUCCGUUCUUGCUUGAUCCAAGCUACCGCGACUCUGAAUACUUGAAAUUAUACGGAAGUAUGAGACCGUUUAUUAAUUAUCCGGAUGUUCCCCCUCCACUGAACUUCAACUCAGCGGAUGUUCUUAUAGAGGGGUAUCCGAAACGUUUGAGGGAGUCACUACAUUAUAGACCACAAACAGGAAGCUUUUCAAGCAGUCAAAAUGACCUGCAUUCGAGCAUAAAUUAUAGGACGGACUCAGCAAUUCUAGAGGACGAUGGAUUUGAACAUGACAAUAUAGUAUGCACCUUCGGAAAGCUUAACGGAUAUGUGUCUCCAAAGGUAGCCCAAGUUCUGGGUCGCAUAGCGGUGGAGAAGAAUAAGUUUUCCGUCACAAACAUUCUGGACGAGAUCCAAAAAGACUUUAUUGCAUACUUGACGAAGAGGAAUUCCUCGCCAUCUCAGAAGGUCGAUUUGAAAGCAUUGAUUCCUCAAGUCAAUCUCAAAAUUUCCGACUCCAGAGAAUCGCCAAAUGGAAUUGUUGUUGGAGUUGCCAAAGUCGUGGUCACAGGAAGAAUACAAGACGAGGAACCUGAUAUAUUUGAACUUGAUCUGUCCCAGAUACUGGUCAGUAUACUGAAAGGAGACACGUCUAUGUGCGAUCUUGAAUUGAUCAAGUUUGAAGCCGAAAUUGUUGAUUGCAAGUCAUUCACAAACAUAGUCCUUGAACAGGAAAGGUGCAACUUCAACGUGAAUCCCGAGAGCUUUGAUUGGAUUUCCGAUUACAUAUCUGCUCUUGUGGCUCCAAUUGAAAGUGCGAAGAUAGAUUUUGAGUCUGCCAAAUUGAGCGUUAAACAAGCUAAGAUCGAUGUGGUUCAUGCGGUUUCUUCAGCAGGUGUUGAUUACUCAAUCAGACAAGACCCUUCCUGUAUUACCAAACCCUCAUAUGUGAGUAAGUUUUGUGAUGAACACAUUAGACUGGAAGAUAGUUGGAAGAUCAUUACCAGAUUGAGGCACAUCUUGUACAAUUUACCCGAUAAUUGGCAUGAAGAUGCUCAGCAAAGGUAUGACCAAAGAAUAUGGGAUACACCUGCGAAUGCUGACCAAAAAGUUUACGACGUUUUCCUCAAUUGGAGAAGGUGGGAGUUCAGUAACAUUUCAACCAGUUACGUUUUGAGAGACGUUUUUGGAAGCACAGAAAUCCCAGAGGACGCCAAGUCCAUCUCGGUUGUUGCCAAAUUGAAAACAACAAACUUGACAAUGCAACCAUUCAGCAAACUUGUGGUCUUGAAAGAUGUGGAUUUCAUUUUUGAUCAGAAUAAACUUACUGAUGACUUGCGCGAGCUUGCAAAUACAAUCUCAGGUACUGAUGUGGAAGACGGUGUCAACGUGAACCUCUCUAUCGGACUUUUCCAAACGGAUCUUGACCGUAUUAGCAAUUCAAUACCGUACAUCAAUGAUCUUGUCACCAAUAUCACAUCAAAAACGCCAAGCUCCUCAACGAAGACGACCAAUGGUUCACCAACAAUAUCGAAACCUCAGUAUUUCAGUGCCAACGUGAUGAUCAAAGAGUUUAGACAUCACUUGUCUAUUCAAAGAUCUGCCAUUGAUGUCCAUGGGACGAAUACAGUUUUGGAGCUAUCAGGUGUCAACACUCCAUCAAACAUCAUGUUCACAUUCUUGCUCAAUAAUGAAUCUUUCACUGCAGAAACCUUCGUGGAUAAAAUCAGGUUAUUUCAAUUUAUAUGUGUUGAGAAUUCCUUUGUGGUGGCUAGUUCUCCGGCAUCCGAAAAAAGUCAGGUUUUCGUUGACGUUUCAACAUCAGAUGUAUCUUUUAUUGCCGGACUGGGUUCAGAGUCUUAUUUGCAAGCUAUCGAUAUUUUUAUGGAUGAAGAGUUUAAGGUUUUGGAACCUUUGAUUGCAAAUUUCAAGCAAAUUCAGCACGUCAAAGAAGCGUCAAAGGUUUCUGCAAGAGAGCAGUCAAGCCCAGACUUUUUGAAGCAUCUUGAAUCCAACAUUACUGCAAAUGUCCUCAUUGCAAAAUUCUCCCUUUACUUGGAAGUGUUGACACCAUUCCUGUACAAAAUGGAGAUGUAUGAUCUGAUUCUCGACUUAUCGGCCUCCAAAAGUGGAGCAACAUCAAAUUUCUCGAUUUUGCGGUUAAGUUCCGGCAUUUUCUCUACUUCUCAAUUGCAUCAAGUGCAAUAUGUGGGAAUAAUGGUUAGAAAGCUGAAGGCAUUUACGACACUUCUCGAAAAGUCCGGGAGAUUCGAUAUAUUCUCACAAAUCCAUGCCGAUCAAUUGAGAUUGACAAGUUCCCAGAAUAACGCAAUUUAUCUUGCCAAGCUUGCUGAGACUGAUUAUGGUAUCUCUGUUGGUUUUGUUGAACUUUUCAGGACGAGAUUUGCUGAAAUAUCUUCAAUUUUUAAAGGAUCCGAUUCUGAGCCUGUUACGUCUGUUCCCCCUAUCUUGAAAUUCAAUAUAGGUGUGUCGCUGGAUACCCUUGGCCUUACAUGUCUGCUGAAUAAAAACCAAACUCAUGUGGAUUCGAAUCAUAUUGCAAUGAAGUUCAUUUCAUCUGGAUUCAACUAUACCGAAACCAGACCCCAAGGAUUCUUGAAAGUUCCUUCCACAAAACUUAGUAUCUUCUCGCAUGGUCCUCAAACUUCGAGAUUCGUGGUCUGUGAUUUCAACCUGGAACUAAAAGGAUUGCAGUCAAUUUCUACUGAAAAGAAGCUACACGAGAUUGAUCUGACUAGUGAAUAUUGUCGAUUCGUUCUCGACCCAUACUUCACCAAAGAAUUGAUUGAGAUAUUCUCAGAAUUCAAAGCUUAUAAGAAGCCAUCGACACAAACAUCCAAGCCUGAGGUUGAUGUCGAAGAGUUAUGGAAUUUGCUCAGCGUCUAUUCGAUCAGAGUCGUUUCCAAACACUUGUGUAUUGGCUGGUUGCUUCCAAAAUCAAACAGAGAAUUGUCAGACUUUUCCUCAAAUAUCCCAGGAUUUAUUGUUGGAUAUGAAAACGCUGAGAUUCUUUGCUCGACCAAAUCUGGAAAUGUCCUCGUUUCCAGUAUGUAUCUUGCAACGGCGCAUGGAGAUACAUCCACAACCUUCUUCUCGAAAGGAAAUGAGCAUUUGAGUGAAAACAGAGCGUUUUUCCCAAGAUUUGAGCUGAAUUUUGGAAUAUUCAAUUCUGAAGAAGGUCGUGACAUUAGAGCACAGUUAGAUGGUGAUAAAGUGGACUUCAAGCUGCAGACCACCAUCCUUUCCGUUGCUGAUCGACUAGCAAGAUCGAUCGUGACUGUCCAAGAAAAGCUGGAACUGCUGAAGACACCUCAAGUUGUGCAGCCACGGCCAACGGACGAGUCUGCCACGUUCUUCUCUUCUAUCCAGUCAAAGUUGAAAUUACUGGAGUGUCUAUUCACUUUCAACGGUGCAUCUAUCAUGAUUAUAGAUCCAAAUCUUGAGGUGAACCAUAAACCAGCAUCUCUCAGCUUGCAAGCACCUUCCGUCCAAAUUGCUACAGAAUACAUCAAAGUCCCAGAAUCUUCGAAACGACAUGUUAUCUCUGUCCAGGCACACACGUCCAGCACAGAUAACGUUCUAUAUGCAUCGUCUGUUCCUGUUAUCGUGAGUCUGGUCAAUAACAUUCGAGAUCUCGUUAAGAAUAAUGAGAUGACGAAAAAGAAGACACAGACUUCAAAGGCACCGCUCGAAAGACGCAGAAAUUCAGUUUUGGAGCGUGAGCAGGCCGCGCUUAAUUUCGAGCGUAUGUUUGAGCAUUUCAAACUCAAUCUGUCUCUCAAAGUUGAACCUCAAAAGCUCACACUUAGCUGUGACCCCAAUGCAAAGGUUGAGGCAGCGGUUUCUACCAGCGGAAUAUAUUGGCAUUUCAUCACCGAUACAGAUACAAUCUGUACCACUAUUCUUGUGGAGAAGCUGAAGGCCAAGUUACAGCACGUUUACUCUAAAGAAACAAGUGGUUCUGUCGGUGCUAAUAACAUCAUUCUUACAGGAACAAUUGGCAAAACAGAAGGAGUCAAGCUUAUGUCCAACAUUGCUGAGGUCUCUAGCAUUGAUGCGUACCUGAACAUUCAACAACGUCAAGAUGUUGAUAUUUUCCGUGAUAUUUGGAUUCCGGAAGAGUUGUACAAGUCGUCUGUCACUGCCAAAGAGGACCGGGAAGAAGAGCUAUCUUUCCAGAGUAUCGCUUCCCGUGUGAAGGAUGUUUCUAGCACAACCACCCUUCCUUGGAUUCUGACUCUACUUGUUGGGGAACUCAAGCUGAAAGUUGAUCUUGGAUUUUCUCUGGGUACACUUGAUAUAGAAGUCAACAAGAGUUGGCUCAAGUCUACCAAGAACUCUAAUUCAGAUCAUAACCUUAGGCUCGAGAUUGGAUUAUUGAAGAUUUUUUCUGAGGGAAGAUUAGGUGGUCUUCUUGUUGUUGAGAAUGCCCGUAUGGUUUCUGCAAUUUCGUGGACCAAAGAGGAAGGAAUGCCCGGUAUUCCAUUGGUGCUUCUCUCUGCCGGUUUCAAGUCUUUGGAAACCAAAAUUUCUCUGGACUACCACACCUUUUUCAUUGGAAACAUCACCAAGGCCAUGGCUUCUAUCUACAACCAAGGAGUCGAUAAUAAUUCAGACAAGCUGGUUGGUAAAGCGUCUGUGGAGACGUUUAAUGUUUACAUGACAGCACUGGCAGCUUCCAACUUUGUUGAUAUCUACACUAUCGGACUGAGAAUCAGACAGGAUAUCAAAGUUUCUUAUCACCAGACUCUGAAUGAUGCGUUGGUUGAUCAGUCGCAGUUGAUGAACAAGUCGCUACCAUCUACUCAAUCAGAGGCACCAUUCCCUGUUUCACGUCUUGACACUUCAAGCUCGAGCGCGAUAAAGACUGUGGAGAUGUUCCUGGACGUGAUCGAAGAGUUCUACACCGACCUUGAUAUCAAGAUUGGGUCGAUGCAAAUCCAAAUCUUCCCGAGUACUCUUCUGGAUACACAAGCUCUGACUAUUAGGAUUGGAAAAUCGAGUGCUAAUUUUGUCCAGAUCAAAACGAGCAUUUUGGAAAACAAGCUGGACAUGAGUCUGGAUAACGUCACUGUUUCCUUGUCUACAUUCAAAUCCAAGCCAACUAAACAAUCAUUGCAGGAAGUUGGUAUUCAUGAGUAUGUGAAACUGGCAAACACUGCGUCAGGAGGAGGUAUAUUUGUGUUCCCGUCAUUAAAGGUUUCUAUGGACGUCUUCCAGAAGCCGGACUCCAACCUGAUUGAAUUUCUGUUCAGCAGUUCUUUUGGAGGCAGUGUUGACCUAAGAUGGAAAUUGGGGUCUGUUUAUUUCAUCAGGGAGAUGUGGUAUUCUCAUGCUACCACUUUAAAAACGAGAUUAACAGCGUUGCGUAUUUUUACUUCAGGCUACAACUUCGACACCGACGAUAUUCUUGAGGAGAAUUACAAGGAGUCUAUCUUUGAGGCCGUCAAUUUGGAAGAUAAGCUGAAGGAUGUCGAGUCGGAUAAAAAGUACCACUAUGUUCCCCUAGAAGAGCCACAUAUCGAGACCCCUAGACUGCGCGAUUUGGGUACCGCUACACCUCCAUUGGAAUGGUUUGGACUGCAUAGAAACAAUUUCCCGAACCUCACACACCAGUUUGUGAUUGUUGGUUUGCAAAAAAUUGUCAAAGAGGCUGAAAAUAGGUAUGCUAACGUUCUUAAAUGA